AUGGCAUCACCCCUACAACUGCUUCAUCUGCCCACGGAGAUCCUGGUAUGGAUUUUGGCAGAGGUCCCGUCGCAAGCCUCUUUUGCAAGUCUCGCACGGACAUGUCGACGUCUUCAAACGCUGGUGGAGCCUUAUCUCUACCGGUCUGUCUAUCUGGGCAACCAUGACGGAGAAAGCUUCGCCUAUGCUAUAGAUCGCAAGGCGGUCCGCGCAGAGUACAUACAAGAGCUUGUGAUCCAUUAUCACUAUGUUGACGACAUUCCAAAUGAGGACGAGUACUAUCCAAUUCUCGUGGAGAGCUUGGUACCAACAAUCAGCCGCCUGGUCAACUUGAGACGACUUGUCGUCAAGGGCCUGGAAUAUGACACACAGAGGCCUUAUGAUGAACCGGACUUCGGGCCUGGACCAAGACUCGACGCUUUGUCUAUGAUCUGGUCCUGGCUCUUCCAGCAAUCAACCCAGUCAAUGUCAGGCGUUCUGCCUUCCUUAACAACAUGCGAGCUGAUUAUGAACGACCUUACACCCACACCCCUCCAGCAUACAGCAGGCGAACCUUGGUACUUUUCCUCGCGCGAGACUGUCCUGCUUCAUCCCAAGCUACAGAAGCUGAGUAUAGUAGCAGCCAUGAUCUCCGGCCUAGACCCAGAAAUGCUGAGUUAUACCAAGAAACCUGGGUUUCGGCCCACAUCCUUGGAAACCCUGAUCCUGCUCUGCUGUGACGUAUCGAUAAACGGUCUCCACGACAUGCUCAAGUUCCCCAAAGCUCUCAAGAACUUCACCCUGAAGGGAUCCCCAUGGACGACCAUACCGAACCAGUUUCCAAUGGACCGAGGAGCGAUCGUGAACGUACUAAAGGCGCAAGCACAUUCACUCCUCAACCUCGAACUAGACUUCUACCUGCGCACGAACUGCCCAGCCCUCGACUUCCGCGACUUCACAAGUCUCCAACAGCUCACCAUCGACCCGAAGGCCCUAAGAGGCGACGAUGAUGAGCAGAGCCCCGAGGCCCAGAAACACCUCCGCCAAUAUUGCCAUCUUCCCCCGAGUCUCCGAUCCCUGCGCUUUCGAGAGUAUAGAGAAUGGGGCAGACCGGAUCUGCAGACGCUAUCCAUCGUUCUCGACUGGGUGAUGUCUAGGGGCUUACCAAACCUAAAGAAUAUCACGAUCCAGUCGGCCACGUUCACUUCGGCAGCGAUAUUAGACGCAAUCACUUCAGAUGGAAAGUCAUUCCGACAAGCGUUCCGGGUUGUUGGGGUGGAGUUGGCAGUGGAGCGUGUGCGGUCCUGCCUCAAUAACGAACACCUCACCAUUGAUUGCAAUUGUUGCUCGUUCUGUUGGCGGUUCUUAGAUCAAUGGGAUAACUGA